CUUUAUAGGCUCGUGGUACUUGGAGAUGGGGGCGUUGGGAAGACAGCGAUGGUCAUCCAACUGACUAUGAAUCACUUCGUGGAAACUUAUGAUCCAACGAUCGAAGAUACAUAUCGCAAGCAAUUAGACAUUAAUGGCAAAUCAUGCAUGCUAGAAGUUCUCGACACAGCGGGCCAAGAAGAGUACACUGCUCUUCGCGAGCAAUGGAUCCGAGACAGCGAGGGAGCCGUGCUCGUGUACAGCAUUACCAGUCGGAGUUCGUUCAGACGUAUCCAGCGCUUCAAUGCGCAAGUUCUCCAUGUCAAGGGUGUUGAGAAAUUCCCAAUUCUUCUGGUUGGGAAUAAGUCUGAUCGCGUGACCGAACGCGAAGUCUCAACACAAGAAGGGUACGCAUUGGCACGAGAACUUGGUUGCGAGUUCACGGAAAGCUCGGCCAAGAAUCGAAAGCAUAUACAAGAAUCUUUCAUGGAUAUUGUACGACAAGUACAGAAAUAUCGCCUACAG